AACCUUUACCCUUCUUGUGUGGCAAUAUAUGUACAACCUCUCUACGCAAUUUCACUCUUGUCUUCUCGCAUCCGUUAUCGCUACCACAUCGCCGUCAGCUCACAAAUUCUCUCCUCCAUAAAACCCUUAUUCUCAAUUUCACAGAGAGAGCAAACAAUUUUGUGUAAAUGAGGGGAAGGAGUUAUAGUCCAUCGCCUCCAAGGGGCUAUGGUAGAAGGGGACGGAGCCCUAGUCCUCGGGGACGUUAUGGUGGUCGUAGUAGGGAUCUUCCUACUAGCCUCCUAGUUCGGAACCUUCGUCAUGAUUGCAGGCCAGAAGACCUUCGCAGACCCUUUGAACAAUUUGGUGCUCUCAAGGACAUUUACUUGCCUAGAGAUUAUUAUACUGGGGAACCCCGUGGUUUUGGCUUUGUCCAAUUUGCAGAUCCUCAUGAUGCUGCUGAGGCAAAACAUCAUAUGGAUGGUAGAGUUCUUCUUGGCCGGGAGUUGACUGUUGUAUUUGCUGAGGAGAAUAGGAAGAAGCCAAUGGAUAUGAGAACAAGGGAGCGUACAAGGGGUCGUUUUCGUGAUAGAAGAAGAUCACCCCCUCGUUAUUCUCGGUCACCACGCCAUUCUCGUUCUCCACCUCCACGCCAUGCAAGAUCCCCGUCCCGUAGUCGAGAGUAUUAUUCCCCUCCUCCAAAAAGAAGGCAUCACUCAAGAUCUGUUUCACCCCAAGAGGGGAGGUACAGUCAAGAGAGGCCAUAUUCGAGAUCAAGGAGCCACAGCCGAACUCCAAAUAGGGGUCAGAGCAGGAGCCCAGUUAGGAGCAGGAGCCCAGUUAGGAGCAGGAGCCGGAGCCCAGUUAGGAGCAGGAGCCGCAGCCCAAGAAGAAGCAGAAGCCAAAGCCCAAAUCAUGAUGAAUAUCCUAGGGAAGCAAAUGGAGAAAGAUCUCCUAGUCCUUAAACCCUGUAUGGAAACAGAUGUUUGGAACGCUGCUUGUCUUUUGGAUUAUGUUUACUGAUGUGAGUGCUGAUCUAUCAGAUGGAUUUGAUCUAGGUUUUGUUGGCGUUUGGUUUCAACUUUGUAGAAUACUUUAUUGUUAUUGCAGUUAAUCCUGUUGUGUGGAA